AUCUGGAAACUUGAUGUUCCAGUCAGAACUAUUCUGAAUGGGAAGCAACCUGGCUGAUGAUGUCACACUUGUCACUAAGUUACAGCUUUGCUGGCACACAUGGAUUGUAGCUGUCAACAGACAGGCUAUGAUUGAGCAGAAAUAUCCUACUGUCUAAAACUGUGCCUACCUAAGGCAAAUCAUUUUGCACUGGAAGGGUCACUUUUCUUGAUCCCUUUCGUGUUUUCUGGCCUCAUCAGGAUUCAGUUGGCCAGUGAUUUUUUGUUUCUUUUUUCCUUUCUCCUCCAUGGGGCAAGAUGCUUCCUCAAGAUCUCUUUCUGGCUAUCCUCAUCAGUUCUGCUGUUUCAGUGGAAGAGGGCCACUGCUUCUCUGACAGAGAACUGUGGGCCAGAGUUGGAUGGGAGAUUCUUCCAGAAGAAAUUUCUAAAUUGAAGCUUCCACGUCAACCUUCAAGUUACUCUUUGCCUUACUCUCUGGAGACAUUCUGCUGCAGUUUUUUCACCUUCAACCUAUUCGAAAACCUUUUGCAGUUUCUCAGUGCUCUUUUGACAUGCCUGGGUUUUAUCCCACUUGCUCUAUCUGCAUAUAAUCUAUGGACCAAAUGGAAGCGGCCUGUGAAGAAGCUGGAAAGAAACCCUUCCUCAGCUUUUGUGUGUAAGAAAUCUGAGGGUCAGUCCAUCCGUAACACAGAACAGAUUCUCGCAAGUCUUGUGGUCACAACACGGAAGCUGAAAAAUUUCCUUAAGCAAGCAAACCUUCAGCGCAGGAUGAAAAUCUACAAACACAGCCAUGAUGGAAAAAAGCCCAAAGCAGAUGCAAACCAGUGGGCCUUCCCCAUUUUCCCCAUUUGUCCCCACACACCCCCGCCAAGCUUGGAUACGCUACCCAACGACAAGCCUUUUUGAAUAUUUCCCAAACUGCUGCUGUUGGGAUUGUUUUGUGCAUAAUGUGUUUUUAGUCCAUUUUAAAUGUAUUCAAUUUGAUUUAAUGUAUUAAAUUUUUAAAAAAGCUUUAA